CACAUUUCUUAUGACAAAAAUGGGUGUCGUUCAUAUAAAACCUUUUCAAAAUGACCAUCAACCAAAUACUUUCAUGGAGCAUUUCUGUCAUACCAUACAUCCUGAUCUGCAGCUUGCAACCAUGUGUUUCAAUUGGUUUGAACAGGCCAUCAAACAUUGCCAGAAAAAAAUGACCGUAGUGGCAACUCCCAGCUACUAUCUGUGGACAAAAAUCAAGAAUACCAUAUUCCCACCAGUGAACACCGAAUUAAUGUCGCCGACGCAACCCAUACCCAUACACCCAAAGAGAUUGUCUCUGAUUAACUGUCAAGACUUGCAGGGAAAAAUCAUUCGUGAUUAUUUGCAACUAACUCAACGCAAUGCUGCAGAAUCUGCCAUAAAUGCUUUGCUGUGGCAGAUAAUGUUGGCCUUGAUGGGUGUUGUGGCCUUGGUAACACUUUUGUUGGUCGCCAUGAACAAAUAUGGAAAAAUCCCUUCAAGGCCCAGAGGCCGCAAGAAAUCCGAGCUGGGGGUUACCUGCAAUGUUCUGCAGUCUAUUAACGCUAAAAGAAGUCUUAACAGGGCCAAAUAUGAGCUACGCCUUUUAAAGAUUAGGCCAUUGCUACAGCCAGAGGAUUUAUUGGCACCAGAUGGUUCGCCAACUAUGGUGAUCAAAAUCUCCUCAAAGCUUUCAUUUUUGCAGUCUUUGGUGUCGGGUGAGUUGGAAACUGCCACUCGUUUAUAUCGUUUGCCAAAAUAUCAGCGGGAAAGCCUCAGAGCUUACAAAUUCCAGCGAGAAACCUUGCAGAAAGCUUUGGAAUUUUUGGAUGAAACCAAGGGAAAAUUAAGAUUGCUGUUAGUAUUUGAGAAAGAUGUGGCAACAGAAACUUUUAACUCACAAAUAGGAGAAGGAGAUGAAAAUACAAAAACUUUGCAAUUAGUCAGUGAAGCUGUGGCACAAUGGGAUCAUGUGGACAUACAAAGAACUUCAGGUGUAGAAACUUUGGAUGAAAGUCUUUGUUAUUCCGACAUUGAUACUGGAGAUCGCACCCUAACCCCUCGCUUUAGUCUAGCCUAUGAAAAGGAAGUUUCUGAGGCUGGCCUAAAGUCUGCCCGUUCUCUGGAAAGCCCUCAAAAAAAGAAACUUCCUAGCAAAUCCAUAGAUACUUGUAUACCACGCGCUAGUCCAGUUGGGAAAAAACUUUCAUUUGAGGAGAAAAUGCCUACUUCAGUGGCUGAUCGCAACACCCCACGCUCUAGCGUAGUUGGAAAAGCAGGAUCUUCCCUUUCGAAUAGCCCACAGAAAACCCAGAUUUCUAACCGUCAUAGCAAGCCAGGCUCAAGUGGUAUCCCCUCGCCAAAGUUUCACUCAAGACUGGCACCAUCUGUCAUAGCCAAGAAAUAACCUAUGAAGGAUUUCGUUACUUUAAGCUUUUUUUUGUUGAUAAAAAGCUAAUAAUGUAA